GUUCUUGCCUCGCCCUCAUCCUCUCCCCGGCCCGAGUCUCAGUGGUACAGCCCACACCUUGGGAGCCGACAGUCUUCGCGCUCCUCCGCCCACGCCCGCCGGGCUGGUGCCCCCCCUUCCCCGGGGCGUGCGCUUGGUACGGCCCGCGCCGCCUCUGUCGCCGGCUGGGGGUAGCUGCGCCCCCCUCAGUCGGCGGCGCUUGGUGUCGCCCGGGAGAACCAGGUCAUCGGUCGGUUCCCGUGAAAACAAAAACAAUCGGCGGCGCCGCGGCGGGCAGCGGGACGCAGGGAGCCGCGGUCUGGGACGCGGAGCCGGGUCGGGGCCGGGCGAGCGGGAGCGGCGGCGCGGAGCACCCCGGGGGCCAUGGGGCAGGAGGGCACAGGCUGCGCGGGGCUCCCCCGGAGCCGCGGCUAACGCGCCCGCGCCGCUCGCCUUGUGGGACGAGGAGCAGCAGGACGCGGCCUCGGCGGGGCCCGGGCCGGACGGUAGCGAACACCCGGGCGCCGGCGAGCCGAGCGUCGCCUCCGGCAUGGAUCAGUGCGUGACGGUGGAGCGCGAGCUGGAGAAGGUGCUGCACAAGUUCUCCGGCUACGGGCAGCUGUGCGAGCGCGGCCUGGAGGAGCUCAUCGACUACACCGGGGGCCUCAAGCACGAGAUCCUGCAGAGCCACGGCCAAGAUGCUGAAUUGUCAGGGACACUUUCACUUGUUUUGACACAAUGCUGUAAGAGAAUAAAGGAUACUGUUCAAAAAUUGGCCUCAGACCACAAAGACAUCCACAGCAGUGUUUCUCGGGUUGGAAAAGCCAUUGAUAAGAAUUUUGAUUCUGACAUCAGCAGUGUGGGGAUCGAUGGCUGCUGGCAGGCAGACAGCCAGAGGCUGCUCAACGAGGUGAUGGUGGAGCACUUCUUUCGCCAAGGAAUGUUGGACGUAGCUGAGGAGCUCUGCCAGGAAUCUGGUCUUUCUGUAGAUCCAAGUCAGAAAGAACCAUUUGUGGAGUUAAAUCGAAUAUUAGAAGCAUUAAAAGUCAGAGUUCUGAGACCUGCUCUGGAGUGGGCAGUAUCAAACCGUGAAAUGCUCAUAGCCCAAAACAGCUCCUUGGAGUUCAAGCUGCAUCGACUCUACUUCAUUAGCUUGUUAAUGGGUGGAACUACAAAUCAGCGAGAGGCGUUACAAUAUGCCAAGAACUUCCAGCCAUUUGCCCUAAAUCAUCAAAAAGACAUUCAGGUUUUGAUGGGAAGCCUUGUGUACCUGAGACAAGGGAUAGAGAACUCACCUUAUGUUCACCUGCUUGAUGCAAACCAGUGGGCUGACAUCUGUGACAUCUUCACACGGGAUGCCUGUGCCCUGCUAGGGCUGUCUGUGGAGUCCCCGCUCAGUGUCAGUUUCUCAGCAGGUUGUGUGGCGCUGCCAGCUUUAAUUAACAUCAAAGCCGUGAUUGAACAGAGGCAGUGUACUGGCGUUUGGAACCAGAAAGACGAAUUACCUAUUGAAGUGGACCUUGGUAAAAAGUGCUGGUAUCACUCUAUAUUUGCCUGCCCCAUUCUUCGUCAGCAAACGACAGAUAACAAUCCACCCAUGAAGCUGGUCUGUGGUCAUAUUAUAUCGAGAGAUGCCCUGAAUAAAAUGUUUAAUGGGAGCAAAUUAAAAUGUCCAUAUUGCCCAAUGGAACAAAGUCCAGGAGAUGCCAAACAGAUAUUUUUCUGAAGAAAUAAUUUUAGUUUGCAAUUUGAAGAAAGCUGUGAUAGAUUCCAAAUUUGCUUUUUGAUGUUUUCUUCUGCUCCAGCUCUCACCAUGAAGCCAUCACACCUGCAUUUGAGCUCUACUCGUAGCCCCACGGGCUGCCUGUUCACACAAUUCCAUCAUGGAUUUAGCAGGCUGGUGUGAGAAGUCUUCCACUACUGCUAAGUGGAAGGAGUGUUACUGGUUUUUGGUGUGGUUCUUGUAUUUUGUUUUGUUUGGGGUUUUUUGUUUGGUUUUAUUAUUAUUAUUAUUAUUAUUUUGUUGCUUUUAUUGCCAAGAGGUGCUUGUUUUAAAAGUGUGUUCAAUAAAAUGAAAAUCUUGAGUUAGAAGUGUUCCUAAGUUGAUAUGUGCUCUCUAGGUGUUGGUAGCCCUGUCCUCUGAAAUCUGCCUUCAGGACCUGGCUGUCUCUGGCAACUCUGCCUGUCAUUGCAGACACAGUGUUUUGUGUGUGUGGACUAACGUGCACCAGCAUCAAGCAUUGUGUAUCUGGAAGGGAAGAAGCAUGUUCCAGUCCUAAAGUGCCGUCACCUAACCCAUCGCUAUCGAAGUCCUUCAAGAUAGAAGCUAGCAGAUUUUCUAUAGCACGGGAUCUGAUUGCCUUUUUCAUUUCUGAAUAGUUUCCUGUCCAAUGCCUCUCUUCUGUGACAUAGAUCAUCUCAUUGACUGAACGCCUGUGUAGUGCUCUCGUGGAUAUAGAUAAUGGACUUCUCCUUUUGUGAGGGAUCUUCAUUUAAUCCACUGUCCAGAAAUAGCUGUGUGUACCACCAGUCCUUUUCUGGAUGCUAACACGGAGAAGACCACCUCUAUGGAGAGAAUUCUGACUUAACCCCAUGGUUACUUUGUUAUGAAAGAAUGUUAGAUGGAAACCACCAAAUAUUCUGCAGCUUUAUUUUACGGGCCGUGGAGCUGAACCAUCCAGACCGAGAUGCUUUGAUGAGAAAAUGGAAUAAGCAGAAAACACAGAUGCAAAGAAAAAUGUGACACUUCUCAUUCUAAACCACAGAUGGGCUUACUUUGAGGGAGGGGUCAGCGAGCUAGGUGCUCGAUUGAUGGACCAGUGGCAGCGUUUGCAGUGAUCCCUGAGCCUGGCUGGCUACCCCUGAGGGUCUCCCUGCGAGAGCUGGAAUUGGUUUGUGAGGGAAGUGGGGACAGCAAGGGAGUGCUGCUUGGCAGCCAUGGGGAGACAGCCCUCCAAGGGGUUGUGAUGAGCCUGGCUCAGAGGGCUGGCUUUAUCCCUGCCUCAGUCCAGCUCCUUCCUGUCACGUGUUUGCUUUUCACCAUUGGAACCCUCUGAAUAGGCCCUGAAGGAGGAGAGCUGAGACAGGCUCUUGGACUGCCAAGAGAGUUCCAGGCCACGCUCUGGGUCACAGGUGUAAACUGACUUACUAUAUAGAUUUAUGUUCUUUUCGUUAAACCUUUGGAGGUAUCUUUUUGAAAGAAAACAAAAGUUUUUCUUCCUUGGGUCAAAUUGAGCUUUAUUUGCAACUCAUUCUCAUUUUCCACCUCAAGACACAUAUGUAACAUUUAUUAGGUGUCUCCAACGUUUGAAUGAUACACAUGCUCUGAGACUGGGGGCAGAUCACUGGCAGGCAGUCACUUGACAACAGUUGGAGCUUAUGCCACUCUAAGGACAAAAGCCAGAGUUCUGUGUCCCCUGCCCAGCAAUGGGAGUCCUAUUGACACUCUUCUGUGCAAUUCAUGAAACCUUGAAAAGGAUGCGCUCUUCCUGAAGUUUCUGUCUCCACGACUUGCUGCGUAAGGUCUUGUCAAGUCCACAGGGCGGGGGAAGGACCAACAUGUGACACCUUCUUGAUCUGACCAUUGUAAUGUGAAAAUUGUGCUGUAUACCCUCUAAGUACAUGCUCUUAAAAUCCAUUGGAGACUAAAUGUGCAGGGGAGGUGAAUUUGAAGAGAGGCCAGGCUUUAACAAAGAUGGCACAGUGUAACAUUUUGCUUCCCACUUAGAAACACCUUGACAGACGGGGA